AUGUACCUGUGGGAACCAAAGAAAUGUAGCUCCACUAUUCCCAGUGUCGGACUGCCACUCAAGUGUUGGGUCUGCGCUCAGUCGCCUCUGGGGGUCCGCUUCUCGCACCGGGUGCCAGGCUCCACGCCUCGGGAGACAGGCGGCCAGGCCACAGCCCCGGGCCCCUCCAGACCGCCCGUCCUCUCCGGCCACUCUCUAUCUGGCCUCCUGUCUCCCUCGUUUCUGCCCAACGCCGUUUUUAAAACCGUCUCAGUCCAUGGCUCAUAG